CACAAUCAGGUGUUGGUCCACAGGGUGUCUGCGGGCCACAGUGUGAGUGUGAGGUUGACAUGCAAACACCAGGCAGGGAUUUUAACCAUCAAAGUGGUCACAGCUUCUCAGUAGACAUGGUGGACACCCAGCAGCUCCUAGCCUGGCCUGUUGGUUUCAGCCUGAGCGCCGUGGACCUGUCAUCAGAGCUGGAUGACAGCUCCCACUCCCUCGACAUGAAGCAUUUGUCAACGUUAGACUACGCCUCCAUCUCCUCCUCCUCCAUCCAGUCCUCCCUGUCUCCCCCGCUCGUAUCCUGCAUCUCCUCCGCCGGUGUGGCCUAUGACCCCAGCCCUCCGCAGAGCGAAGAGCACCUGACCAACAUGGACUACACAAACAUGCACAGCUACAGGAUGGAGCCGGACACUCACAACUUGAUCAAGUUGGAGCCGGAGUCGCCUCCGCAGUACUCUGACAGUCCCGUGUUCUCCAAGCUCCAGGACGAUACGACAGCAGCGGCGCUAAACAUCGAGUGUCGUGUGUGUGGGGACAAAGCCUCAGGGUUUCACUAUGGCGUCCAUGCCUGUGAGGGCUGUAAGGGUUUCUUCAGACGCACAAUCAGGUUGAAGUUGGUCUAUGAUCACUGUGCUCUUCACUGUCGCAUUCACAAGAAGUCCCGCAACAAGUGCCAAUACUGUCGCUUCCAGAAGUGCCUCAAUGUCGGAAUGUCACACAACGCCAUUCGUUUUGGCCGGAUGCCCCAGGCGGAGAAGGAGAAACUGCUGGCUGAGUUCUCAUCUGACAUGGAGCACAUACACCCGGAGGCAGCAGAUCUGAGAGCUCUGUCCCGGCAUCUGUACGAGGCCUAUCUAAAAAACUUCCCCCUCACCAAGGCCAAGGCCAGGGCCAUCCUCUCUGGGAAGACCGGAGAUAACGCGCCUUUUGUCAUCCAUGAUAUGAAGUCUCUAAUGGAAGGGGAGCAGUUCAUUAAUUGCAGGCAGAUGCCCAUCCAGGAGCACCAGCAGCAGACAUCCGCCCUAACGGUCGAACAUGGAGGAGCCCACCCGGGGUCAGAGUGUGGCGUUUUGAACGCUGUGGAGCUGCGUUUCUUUCACAGCUGUCAAUCACGUUCGGCUGAAGCAGUGAGAGAAGUGACAGAGUUUGCCAAGAGUAUCCCAGGAUUCAUCGAUCUGGAUCUCAAUGAUCAGGUAACUUUGCUGAAGUACGGCGUGAUCGAGGUCUUAAUCAUCAUGAUGUCACCCCUGAUGAACAAAGACGGAACCCUCAUCUCCUAUGGACAGAUCUUCAUGACGCGGGAGUUCCUCAAGAGUCUCAGGAAACCCUUCUGUCAAAUGAUGGAACCAAAGUUUGAGUUCUCAGUCAAGUUCAACACGCUUGAGCUGGACGACAGCGACAUGGCGCUGUUCCUGGCUGUCAUUAUCCUCAGCGGGGACCGUCCAGGCCUGCUGAAUGUGAAGCCCAUCGAGCAGCUUCAGGAGACGGUGCUACAUUCGCUGGAGCUGCAGCUGAAGCUAAACCACCCAGACUCUCUGCAACUGUUCGCCAAGGUGCUCCAGAAAAUGACCGACCUGCGUCAGAUCGUCACUGACCACGUCCACCUCAUCCAGCUGCUGAAAAAGACGGAGGUGGACAUGUGCUUACAUCCACUGCUGCAGGAGAUCAUGAAGGACUUAUAUUAGAAUUAAACAGGAGAAAAGGACACAGAGAGAAAAGUGGGAAGACAGAUCAAAGAGAGAAUAAAGAGAUUUUAUUUUUGAAAUCAUGUCAUGUGAAAUUAGAUGAAAAAGCACUUUGUGCUGCUGGCGUGUUAAAAGGGAGGUAGCCAGACAGGCUGACUGAUAAUGAGAAAGAGAUGAGGAAGAACAGGAAAAGUGAAAUCAAGGAAAGAAAAAAUCUGUGUUAGAUCUUGUCUAGACAGCAGCAUGUGAAUAACUUGCGGUGCACAGUCAUUUAGCCACUGCUGAACCUAAACAUUUUGUGAAUGAGUAGGCUGCCAACUUAACUACGAAACUACCAACUAUUGCACCAAUCAUGAGUCGUGUCCAUGACUAACCGAAAGAGUGGGGACUUUCUUAUUGCCAAGCUGAAACUUAAAAUUUGUGAGUGCCCAACACAGCCUUCUUCAAGUGCCAUAAGGAGAAAUGCACCACUGUGAAUAUUUUACAACGUGUCACACAGCACAGUAUGUGUUACAUUACAACUGUCAUAGGCAGCAGCAGUGUGUACGUGCUUCAGUACCUCUGUGAACACACACAGAUGCAUGAAUGCUCACAAGCUCGCGCACAAGCACACACAAAACAAUGAUCAGAAUGAAUAGUCAUUUUCUGUUUUGGCAGGGUUAAGGUGCUAUCUCUCUUUCAUCAGUUUUAUCCAAAGACAGAAAUCUGAUUAUUGCCUGUAACAUAUUUUAGUGUCAGUCACCUGUAGAAACUGUGAGAAAGUGUGAAGCCAACAAAAUGUCAUUAUGAUGUCACUUCUUUGUUGAAAAAUGAAACAGUAUACGCCAUAUUGUGCCUUUUAAGACUAGGUUUUUUUGUGUGGAAUGAAUGACAUUUAAAUAACAUUAGAUA